AUGGUGAAUAUGCAGAUGUUCCUGAGCUCUCCCGACUUGGCCACGCCGCAUGGUGGGCCUCCCUUCCAAGGCUGGCGAAAAGGAUUUGGCUUCGGGCACAGCCGAGGUCCAGGUGGGUACAUGCAUGAUCCCUCCAUGGUUCUCAAGUUGAAGUGCAGUCCGAAGUAUGACCGCACCCUUGCAAGCAGUGCUUUCUGGAGAAAGAAGUGGGAGUUGGGCCAGGCCAAUAGUUUCGGCAUCGGUGACCGUCCGAGCUACAGCAGACCGGAGGAUGCGGACGUGGGUCCAAACACCUAUGGCGACUUUUCGAAGCAGGUUGACAAGGUGAAGCGAAACGCCAUCCGACCCGGCAUCAAGCUCAAGGAGAGGUAUCCGACCUUUGAGGAGAAGAAACGGGACUCCCGGUCCGGCGUCAGCGGGCCAGGGCCUGCCAAGUACAACACGAGCCUGCCCGCAGGCAAGUCCUCCUGGGUCUACCCCGCGAGGAAUCCUACGUGGUCACUGGGUGCACGGACCAUCCUGGCUCAGGACAAGGAGACCAUGGGCAAGCCUGGUCCCGAUGCAUACAGUUGCAUAACGCGGCCAGGAACAAACUCGCCUGUUCUGCGUGGCACUUUGUAUGACAUAACUCUAAAGACCAGGACGAAGGUUCACCAGCUGGGCGAAGCAAGCCCGGGACCAGCACGCUACAACGUGCAGGGCGAGCUGGCAAAGUAUGGUCUCGACCAGAAAAUUGCCAACGUCAAGGUCCCGCGGAAAGCUCCACCCUCUCCUGGGAUGAGUAUCAUUCUGGAAGAUGAGGAUCUCGGUCUUGACGCAGACAGGCUGCCGCGAGUUGAAAGCUCGCAUCUCUGA